AGUCGCUGCGAGGCGGCCGUGGGGGAGCCGGGCCGGGGGCGAUGCGGGUCUGCGGGCAAUAGGCAGCGGCUGAGAGCGGUGCGCGGAGGGGCCAAACGUGUUACCAAGGGGUUUUGCAGAACCAAACUAGACUUUCUCACUUUCCUUGUGGAGUAUUACCUUGGAGGCCACAGGGCUACAAAUGUUUGGAAAGGAUGCCACAGACACCUCCCUUUGCAGCUAUGUUUGACAGCAGUGGAUACAACAGGAACCUGUAUCAGUCAAAAGAGGAAAACUGUGGAGGACUCUAUUACCAUGAUAACAACCUCCUGUCAGGGUCUCUGGAAGCUCUGAUCCAGCAUUUAGUACCCAAUGUAGAUUACUAUCCGGAUAGGACAUAUAUCUUCACCUUCCUUCUCAGUUCACGUCUCUUCAUGCAUCCUUACGAGCUGAUGGCCAAAGUUUGCCAUUUGUGCAUUGAGCAGCAGAGACUAAGCGAACCUGGCCUGGACAAGAACUGGAUACAAAAAAUUGCACCCAAAAUCCUACAACUAUUGACUGAAUGGACAGAGACAUUUCCUUAUGAUUUCCGAGAUGAAAGAAUGAUGAGGAAUUUAAAGGAGUUGGCACAACGAAUAGCCAGUGGUGAUGAGAUGUAUCGGAAGAAUGUACAGCAACUCCUUCAGAACCUGAUUCGUAAGCUUGCCACUGUUAGCCAGUAUGAGGAGGUACUUGCAAAAAUCAGUGCGACAUCUACAGAUCGACUCACAGUCCUGAAGACCAAGCCCCAGUCCAUACAGAGGGACAUAAUCACAGUCUGCAAUGAUCCCUACACAUUAGCUCAGCAGCUAACGCACGUAGAGCUUGAGAGACUCAAUUAUAUUGGACCAGAAGAAUUUGUCCAGGCAUUUGUACAAAAGGAUCCUUUGGAUAAUGACAAGAGCUGCUACGGAGAUCGAAAGAAGACCCGUAAUCUGGAAGCCUAUGUAGAAUGGUUUAACAGGCUUAGUUACUUGGUUGCAACAGAAAUCUGUAUGCCUGUGAAGAAGAAGCAUAGAGCAAGAGUGAUAGAAUAUUUCAUUGACGUGGCUCGAGAAUGUUUUAACAUUGGGAACUUUAACUCCUUAAUGGCUAUUAUUUCUGGCAUGAACAUGAGCCCUGUCUCUCGGUUAAAGAAAACUUGGGCAAAAGUGAAGACAGCCAAAUUUGAUAUUCUUGAGCAUCAGAUGGACCCUUCUAGUAAUUUUUAUAAUUACCGAACUGCUCUGCGUGGAGCUGCACAAAGGUCCUUGACAGCUCAUAGCAACAGAGAGAAGAUUGUGAUACCUUUCUUCAGCCUCUUGAUCAAAGAUAUUUACUUCCUCAAUGAGGGCUGUGCCAAUCGUCUUCCAAAUGGUCAUGUCAAUUUUGAAAAAUUUUGGGAGCUGGCAAAACAAGUGAGUGAAUUUAUGACGUGGAAGCAAGUGGAGUGUCCAUUUGAAAGGGAUCGCAAGAUCCUGCAGUACUUGCUUACUGUCCCAGUCUUCAGUGAUGAUGCACUUUACUUGGCUUCCUAUGAGAGUGAAAGUCCUGAGAAUCACAUUGAAAAGGACAGAUGGAAGACUCUGAGGUCAACACUUCUGGGCAGAAUCUAAUAUAUGAGAUGGCUGUCGUUUCUGCCAUUGCUGUAUUGUGUGGAUCAUUAAGAGGCAUGGCCUGGUUUAUUUAUUUUUGUGCACCGAGUGGCAUUCAGAGUAAUGAGAACUGUGCAGUCAGUCAAGAUAUUGCGUCAGCAAAAAUGAAACAAGUCAACAAACAGGACAAACAAGCAGCUUCUCACAUCUGACAGAUGAGAUUAAAUCGCAGCCCGCUCAAUUUAAGUAUUGGUUGAGGACAGCGCUGACAGAAUACUUUGAAGAGCUCGGAUCUGUGAAUCAUUUCACACCUGGAUGGAAUAUUUUCCCAUUCCUUAUGUUGAAAUUUGCUGCUGCUAGGACUCUGCAGAGUUGAUACUAGGUUGCAGAGGGAAAAAAAAUCUCCAUUCCUUCUGCUGAAACCCAAGUCCGCAUCGAAGAACUUUCAUUCCUAAUAAGCUGAAUAUAGCCAGGAACUUUGCCUGAAUUAGGAUUGCUAAGAAGGGAAAGGACUGGGCACAACAAGCAGGCUGCUGGGAAAAGUUUCUCCCCACCACUGUAAUGGUGGCUAUUUUUUUUUUCCAUUAUGUUUUUGAGUUGGCUGCUGGCAGGCAAACUCAUUAUAAGUUAUUUAAAAAAUAUGUUGUAAUAAAAAUAAAGUCUGUGAUAGAAAACACACCUGCUAAAAAUACAGUAGCAAUGUAGCUUGGACUAUUUUACGUCUUGUAGGGAGUUUUUUUUCUUUCAGUUGUUUACAACUAACCACUACAUGCUACAGAUGUUCUUAUUUUUACUAUACUGUUUUGUUACUCUAAUUUUCCAUACUUGACUUUCUUCUUAUGUUAAACAAGCUGACCUUUCUAGAAUGUUCUUUGAGAAACUGAUGUACAAAUUAUGUUAAAAUAUGAAACAAACUAUGAUUUUAUUAAGUCAUUUUUGUAAAUGCUUUUUUUUUUUUUUUUUUUGAAAGCAUAACAAUGGAGAGAAUACAAUCUAGCUUGACUGAAAGUGCAAGAUGCCAAAAAGAAAAAAAGAUAACUUUUCUCCUCAACUGCAACUGCAAACAAAACAAUCUCCCUUUGUGUUUAUUUUAUGGAUUAUUGUUAUGACUGUGAAGUAUUUUACACAUCUGAUAAAUUUGUAGUAGCUCUGAAUAUUUAAGCACUCUAUCCUAGGAAGAACCUGAUGGGCGGGGGGGAACAUAGCUGUAGAUCACCUUGGAUGCAAAAGCACAUAGCAAAGAAAGGUAUUUGCAAUUACCCUGACACUGUUAUUUUAAAAAGAAAAGAAAUAAGAAUAAAGAUAUCUAUUACACUGCAUCUCUUGAGUUUUCAGGUGGGCUGGUGCUUAAGUUAAUGCUCUGUCAAUCUCUUUUCAGGCAAGCAUUUAAUUUUUGAGUUCUGUAAAAACAUGUUGAGGUAUCCUUAGUCAACAGGGAUCCUGUCCUUUACUACUACUACCUGUUUGCUAGUACAAGGUGUUGGAAAUCACUGAAUUUUAUAUCCCAUGAACCUCAGCUAUGAAAGUGCUUGGAGCCCUGAUGGUAGAAGAGGAUUCCUCCCCUCCUCUCCCAUUCAGUGUGUUAAGUGAAGGAGAGAAAAGAUGCUAACUCUUUCAGAGGAGGAAAUCCAUCUUUCAGAGGAUUGCUGUUUACAGACUUUAAUCUCCAGUCUGCAUCAGGGGAGGUCUUUCCAGCCCUCCCCUCUUGAUCACUCUCCUUUUAAAGCUUCUAGGCAGGACUUAAAGUCAGUUGAUGCAAAAUGCUGGAGAACAUUGUGUUUUCCUCCUCCGCUCCUUUUGGGAAUACUAUAGUACAAUCGUAAGGUACAUAAAUGAAAGUAGUGCACAAAUGAAAAUAGUUUCCAUGACAAAACGUUUGCUGUCAUUACCCUGAUUUUUAACAUUUUUAUUGCCAGGGGAAACCAGAGAGUGUAACAAUGGUUUAGCUACCUGUGGAAGUAACUUUUCUUCUUCCCUCCUGCACUGUAACAUAGUUUGACUACUGGCCUGGCUUAGAAAUGCAUUUGUUAUUUAUGUAGUUUGAACAAAGCAUUUGUAAAUAAAAAGAGAAAUAGCAUUAAGCAGCCUCGA